AUGGGAAACUGCUGCACACACGAAUCGGCAUCAACGGUAUGGGCUGGCGACGACUGGGAGUCGCUAUUGGCGACGGGUAGAGAGGCGGAGGAGCGACAAGCUUUGCUGCUAGGAGAUGCAGCGGCGACACCGUAUGGUUCAACUUCUUCGCAUGGCAGGAGAGAGCAGGUCAAGAUCAAGAUCACAAAGAAGGAGCUUCGGGAGCUGCUGAAGAAGGUGGACAUGCAAAAGCUUUCUCCUCAAGAUGUGGUGGAAAGUCUGUUGACGAAUGCAAGUGCCGGCAGCCACUGCUGCUCCGCCGAGAAGCACCACCGGCCAUGGAGGCCGGCAUUGAAGAGCAUUCCGGAGGUCAAUUAA